UAAAUACCAUGAAGACAUUGGUCAUCGGAAUAGGAGGCAUAACAAAUGGAGGGAAAACAACUUUAGCAAGAAGGCUUAAGGAACAGCUUCCAAACUGCACUAUAAUAUCUCAAGAUGAUUUUUUUAAGUCACAAUCUGAAGUGGCUACAGAUGAACAUGGAUUUUUGCAGUAUGAUGUAGUUGAUGCCCUGUAUAUGGAAGAAAUGGUGGCAAGAGUACACUCUUGGAUGGCAAACCCAGAAGGCUGUACAUUGCCAGGCCGAUCAAGUAAUAUGCACGAUAAGCAGAAAGAAACAGAAGACUGCUGGGUCUUAAUUGUUGAAGGCUUUCUUCUGUAUAACUACAGGCCUCUCAGUGAUGUAUGGAAUAAAAAAUAUUUCCUCACCAUUCCUUAUGAAGAAUGCAAGAGGAGACGAAGCACCCGAGUUUAUAAUCCACCAGACCCACCUGGGUACUUUGACGGACACGUGUGGCCCAUGUACCUGAAACAUAAGAGAGAGAUGGAAGAAAAUGAAACAGAUAUUGUUUAUUUGGAUGGAACAGAAUUACAAGAUGAUCUGUGUUCAAGGAUAUAUAGUGACCUAGUACAGGAGCUGGAAAAGACAAGUUAGCUGAGUGCUGUUGCCAACCAU